GGUGCCAGCGCCCCUUUUGGUUCUGGUCCUUUCAGUACAGCCGAGGAACACGAGUCUUCCGAAGCAGCUCAGCUGUUGGCAAAGAGCUAAAGAUUUGUGCUUUGGCAGAGACGGACACUGAGUUGGACAUGGAAGUGAUGGGGUUCUCAUUCAAGCCCUCCUGCAACAUUUUUGUGUUUAAGUUCUUUUAAAAUCUGGAAAACAUAUACUCAUUUUAGUAGCUUUUUAUUGUAAAUGCUUGUCUUGUUUUUAUACCAGUUAGGAACAAUAUUUACAUUGCACGAAAGGCCGUUACAAAGGCGAUUCUAGUUGAUGCGCCUAUUAUGUGUAGUCUGUUUUAUACGUAGACAUUCUUGUUGAGAAAGAAGCAGGUUUCGGAACGGCACUGGCAUGUCUUUCGUAAGUUGCUUUUUAAAAUUAAUGUUUCUUGUGGCAUGAUUUCAUUUUUGUAACUGUGAAAUGUAAAUCAAUAUAUACCUUAGCCCAGGAAAAUGUCUAGAAGUCUGUACACCAAAAUGUUAACAAUGGUUUCCCUGGGUGAAUAGAGUCUAGGUGAUUUGAUUAAUUUUAAAGUGUUUUUCUAACUUUCCUGCAGUGACAUGUAUUAAUCUGCAGUUCAACUCAAAGUCUUCCUCAACGAGAGGACUAGUGAGCAAAUGUUUAUAUGACAUUCCUAAGUAAAAGCCAAACCUCUUCAUCUGGGCAGUUACGCACAUGAAAACAUUUGCUGAAAUAAAGGAUGGUUAACGCAUUUGGUCUUGGAUGGGCGUGUUACCGCCUUGCUGAAAAGAAGGUCUGAUAGGCAAUUGGAUAUUGUUCAGCCCUGAGUAGGAGUCUGUCUAUCUGAUUAAGGUGAUCCUCCUUCUUUCGCCUGACUGUGAAUCCAGGCGAGCUUGCAACAUCAAUUUUAAUGCCAUGCUUGGGUUUGUUUGUUUUUUCUUUUUUUUUUUCUUAAUGUUCAAAAGAAUUUGAAGUGUAGACUGAAGUACAAAGAGGCUACUCGAACAUACUUGGCUGCCAGUUUUCAGUGUUUCCCCUGAUACCUGGAGAGCAUUUAGAACACGAAGUGUAAAGCUUUUGGCUGUAUACAUUCUGGAAGUGUACAAAAGAAGUAUUAGGGAUAAGUCUUGACAUUGUAUUACAUAAAUAUGAAAACAGCUUUUUUUAAAAAAAAUUUAAUGCACUUGAUUGGGAUGGGCUCAAGAAAUGCUAUUUGCUUUGUUAGGUGAGGCAUUAUAUUGAUAUCAUUUCUGUGUAUCUCAUGGUUGUCCAUUUCUUUGUGUGAUUCCCUUCCUCUCCCAGUUGGUGACUGAGUAAGAACUGGAAGCAAGAUGUAACUUGCUGGUAGCAGAGAUCGGCAGCAAAGAUUAACACACAGUUAGUUGUUCAACACCCAGGCAUCAGAAGCCGUGUUUUCACCUCUGGUUCUGCAACUUAGUUGACUCGACUUUACUCAGUCUGUUUCCUCAUCAGUUACAUUGAGCACUUCCUACUAUCUGUGAAAACUUCCCUGUAAUUCAUUUUUCCUUACUUCCAUAUUAAGAAUUAUACCAAAUUGAAAAGAUAUGAAUGAAUAUCCUAAAAAAAGAAAAAGGAAGACUUUACACCCUUCUCGUUAUUCAGAUUCCUCUGGAAUAAGCAGAGUUGCAGAUGGAUUCAAUGGAAUUUUUUCAGAUCAUUGUUAUAGUGUCUGUUCUAUGAGACAACCGGACUUAAAAUAUUUUGACAACAAAGAUGAUGAUUCUGAUACAGAGACGUCAAAUGACUUGCCAAAAUUUACAGAUGGAAUCAAGGCCAGAAACAGAAAUCAGAACUAUCUGGUUCCCAGUCCCGUACUUAGAAUUCUAGACCACACUGCCUUUCCUACAGAAAAAUCUACCGAUGUUGAAAUUUGUGAUGAGUGUGACUCACCUGAGUCAGUCAACCAGCAAACUCAAGAGGAGAGUCCCAUAGAAGUUCAUACUGCUGAAGAUGUUCCAAUUGCUGCAGAAGUACAUGCAAUUUCUGAAGAUUAUGAUUUAGAGGCAGAAAACAAUUCCUCUGAGAGUCUCCAAGACCAAACUGAUGAAGAGCCACCAGCUAAACUUUGCAAAAUUCUUGACAAGAGCCAAGCUCUGAAUGUAACUGCACAGCAGAAAUGGCCUUUACUGAGAGCUAAUAGCAGUGGCCUCUAUAAAUGCGAACUUUGCGAGUUCAACAGUAAAUAUUUUUCUGAUUUAAAGCAGCAUAUGAUCCUGAAGCAUAAGCGUACUGAUUCAAAUGUGUGUCGAGUGUGCAAGGAGCAUUUCUCGACCAACAUGCUUCUGAUCGAACAUGCCAAACUGCAUGAAGAGGACCCCUACAUUUGUAAAUACUGUGAUUAUAAGACAGUAAUUUUUGAGAACCUCAGCCAGCACAUUGCAGACACCCAUUUUAGUGAUCACCUUUAUUGGUGUGAGCAGUGCGAUGUACAGUUCUCCUCCAGCAGUGAGCUCUACCUGCAUUUCCAGGAGCACAGCUGCGAUGAACAGUACUUGUGUCAGUUCUGUGAACAUGAAACAAACGACCCAGAAGACUUGCAUAGCCAUGUGGUAAAUGAACAUGCAUGUAAAUUAAUAGAGUUAAGUGACAAGUAUAACAAUGGAGAGCAUGGACAGUACAGCCUCUUGAGCAAAAUUACCUUUGACAAAUGUAAAAACUUCUUUGUAUGUCAAGUAUGUGGUUUUCGGAGUAGACUUCAUACAAAUGUUAACAGGCAUGUUGCUAUUGAACAUACUAAAAUUUUUCCUCAUGUUUGUGAUGACUGUGGCAAAGGCUUUUCAAGUAUGCUCGAGUAUUGCAAACACUUAAAUUCACACUUAUCUGAAGGGAUUUAUUUAUGUCAAUACUGUGAAUAUUCAACAGGACAAAUUGAAGAUCUUAAGAUUCAUCUAGACUUCAAGCAUUCGGCUGACUUACCUCAUAAAUGUAGUGACUGCUUGAUGAGGUUUGGAAAUGAAAGGGAAUUAUUAAGCCACCUUCCAGUCCACGAGACAACUUGAUUAUGUUAAUGUAAAAUAAUAAAUACAACUUUUUGGAGAUGUUAAAAUGGAUUAUUUUAAACAGAAUUUAUGAGAAUUGCCUUUAACAAGUAAAAUUUUUAAUUGUCAAUUUUCUUGGCAUUGCUACAUUUUUCAGUAUACCAUUUUAUCCAAAAUAAAUUUUCAGUGCAUGGUA